ACCCACCACACUAUCAAUGUAGUUAACAAUCGGACGGCUGUAGUUCAUGUUGAGUAUUUGAAUGGUAAAAAGCAUAGCAAAUCUAGCUGCUAAUCAUAAUAUAAAAUAAAUGAAUCGUGUACGGUUCUGUCUGGUUCUUAUCCUGUGUAUUUGUUUCGCUCAUGUACAGGCCGAUGAAGUCUUGAUGGUUCCAAAUGAGCGUGUAUCUUUUGAUGACUGUCAUUUGCGAUUUCCCAAGUUUGAUGGCUAUUUCUCGGAGAGACCAGUUUCGGGGUACCCGGCUCGUCUGAAGGAGUUCGCCCACAUGGCAGCUAUUGGUUGGACCCAAUCGAACGGAAGCGUAUCGUGGAAAUGUGGUGGGACGUUGAUCUGGGUCAAUUUCGUCCUAACCGCAGCGCAUUGUGUCGCUGAUGCUAACUCCAAGAACCAAGCCCCCGAUGUCGUCAGGUUGGGUGAUCUGAACAUUCAGACUUCUGAGGGAGAUGAAUAUGCGCAGCAGUUGAACAUUGUUGAGAUUUUCAAACACCCAAAACAUCGGUUCAUAGCGCAUUAUCACGAUAUCGCUCUUCUCAAGUUGGAACACGAUGUCAUAUUGAGCGAAGUUGUGGCCCCUGCAUGUCUCUGGACAGAUGAAGAAAUGAGAUUCAAAAUCUUGGAAGCAACCGGUUGGGGAAGAACCGGAUAUGCUAACGACUUCACUCCCAUAUUAAUGAAAGUAGCCCUAAAACCCAUUGAUAACGUGAAAUGCAGCGAGGUGUACUUGAAUGGAACGGAUCGGAUGCUACGACUUGGACUUCAGUCGCACCAGAUAUGCGCCGUCGAUGUCAAAAUGGAUACGUGUGAAGCCGAUUCAGGAGGUCCUCUCCAAAUCAAACUAAUGCACAACGCUAGAGUGACCCCCUUUGUCGUUGCUAUAACUUCCUUCGGGAAGGCCUGUGGAAUGUCGGCCCCUGGUGUUUACACAAAGGUUGCACCGUACCAUGACUGGAUAGUCGAGGUUAUGCAGGCACAGGAUGCAAGGGUUCCAAAUGACGUUUUCAAUGCCACAUUUUGUGCGCUACGUUUUCCAUCUCAUCGAGAGUUCGAGGAUGCUAUUAUUACAGACCGUUCUUUGGAUCAGAUUUACGUGGUGAAGGAACUGAGGAAUAUUUUUGUAAGCAAAAGAUUACCGUCGUAUAUUGUACAAUUAGCAUGGAAUGGUGAAACAAAUAGUUGUUAUGGGGUAGUCAUCGACGAGGACACUGUGGUGACUCUUGCUCAAUGUAUUUUGAAAAAUGAAAUGACUGUUUCUCAUGUUAUUUAUUCAGGAAACCAUACAACGAGGGUUUCCAAGGUGCAUGUCCAUCCAAGGAUCUCGAACCGGCAUGUCUAUGGUAAAACAAGACAACCUUCAAGGAAGCUGCUGUUUUCGGUUCAGGUCGGCGUGACAUUAACACUAGGCUAAAGCCAGGAAAGACCAUUAAAGGCAUAGAUUCUUCGUCAUCAAUCCUAACAGCGCGGGUUCAUUUUCAUAACACUUCAACUUGUAUCGUUCCCAAACAAUACCUCCCAUUGCUUCGCGAUGGAUUAACUGAUGAGCAUAUCUGCAACGGACAGAACUUAUUCCUUGU